AUGCAGCUGUCUCGCUCCCUCGUGGUCAUCGUGGGCGUCCUCGGCCCCCUCACCAUGGCCCUCCCGGGCUUGCCGGGCUUCUCGAAGAAGAAGACUCCUUGUACCAUCAACGAACUCGUGAAGUGCAGUACCGACGUGGGGUCAUUGGGCUCCACGGACGUCUCUGGAACUUCCGCACCUCAAACUUCCGAAGAUUGCGUUCCGAGCGUCUCUGACAUGAUUCUCAACUGUGGCAACCUCGCGGCGGGUACCGCCAUGGGCGGAUCGGCCAUGUGCGGCUCCUGCCAGGGGUAUAGGUUCGUCCCUAAUGAGAAGAUCCAGGGGUCUAAGUACUGCCGGCGAUGCGUUUGCCGUGAGUAG